AAGAUGGCGAGGGCAACUGAGUUGGAAUGGGCACCAGAAUCUCUUUAUAAUACAGCGAUCUCUGCAGUUGUAAUGCGUUUUAGUCAAUACAGGAGAGAACUUAGGAAUCUUACAGAUGAUGUUAUAUUUGAUGUUUAUUAUAAGGUAAGUAGGUUUAUGCAAAAUAUUAAUAUUUUUCUUUAAAAAAAAUUAAAUACUAACUACUAACAUUAAAAUUAAACUAACUAAACACUGUUUAGUAAACACAACUGAAGCUGACUAACUCAACUAACUGACUCAAAAAAAACUGACUACUGACGUAUACUGACUAACUUGACUACACCAGGGGUUACCUACUUGGGUAAGCCCCUACUUGACUUUCUAACUGUCUCAACUGACUGAACAAACUAUGUGACUUUGAAUUAACUAGUUACUAGUUAACUAGUUAACCUAAUUAAUAAUUUAGCAAUUUAGAGAUAUUAUUUUUAAACAAUUUACCCUGUUGAAUUGAAUUAAAAUUAAUACAACUUACACCACCAUCAUUCUGUACAAAAUUAAUGAAACAUACUUAAAAUUAAUUUACUAAUUGACUAAUUAUUUUUAAUUAAAUACUGUUACGUAUUAUCAGUACUAGCCUACUAAGUCUAAGGAAACUAAAACAUUUGUCGGCAUGUUGUCUGAUUGCCAUAAUUAAUAUAUAAUAAUAAUAUAAUAUAAUAUAUGAUUAUGAUUUUAAAAGGGCUAGCCUAAACUCUUUUGCUGUUGUGCAAUGCACAGUGCGUUCAUCCGCAGUUCUAAAAAGCAAUAUUGUUUACAUAGAAGAGUGGUAAUUCAUUUUUUAUGAGCAAAAGCAAAGUUUAUUUGUCAUCAUUUGAAGCGUUAUUUUAUUAAUAUUUUAGGCUGUUUUAUUUCUUUAUCAAUCAAUUCUGUUGCUAUGGCAACAUUAGGCCCUUGUGGGUUGAGCAAGUUUCCUAGACAAUGAACAGCUCAAAAAGCUUUGGAAAUAUUUUAUACUAUUUCUAUUGAUAGUGAAGUUGAUUUAGAUUUAGAUCCAUCACAUGCCUACAUCAAAGGGUUUGGGGAAAAAAAGGUUUUGCAUAUCAUGUUUUCACAUUUGAAGUUUUUUCUUCUGUUACUUAUUUUAGCUAAACUGAAGAAAUAAUUUUAAAAACAUUCAGUUAUCUUUCAUUUGAUACCAAAUGUAGCCUUAUAAACCAAACCUAAAAUAUGACUUUUUUAAAAAUAAACUCAACCUCUCACUCUUUUUUGCUCUUUGAAAAAAAUGUAGAUCUUUUUCAUUUGAAAAAUUCUGCUGCAAAAGAGUUAAGCUCUGUAAAAAAAACACCCAAGUUCAACUUUCCAUAUUUUAUGAAAGUAUACUAAGUGGAGUAAUUCGGAGUAUUGAUUUUUUGGGGGGAAUUUUUUAAAGCCCCUGUUUUGAUGACAAAAUUAAUUAUUAGAAAAAUGUGGCAUAUAAUAAUGCAAAAAAAUGAGAUCUCUACAAAGGCUAUUAUGAUAUAACUAUAAAAACAUAAAUGUGCGUCAAUAUUUUAUAUGCGCAGAAUGUUGCGCAUACAAAUAUUGAAGUACAUAUACUCAAGUCCAUAAGGCAUUACUACUACUACUAAGUAAAUAUUUGGUUAGCUGUGUGGGUUUAGCCAAGAGUUGUCUCACCCUUAGAGUAUUGAUGCCACUUUGGGGAAUCCUAACUCUUGACUUAGGAUGACUAAAAUAACAGUUGUACUAGCACAAUGUGUAUGAUUACUUUCCAAAUCUAUGCAUCAUUAAAUAAAUCUGACGAUCGAUACAAUUUGUAUCAAUUAUUAAAAUGACAUUUUCAAUUUUUUAAAAAUUAAAAUUUAACAUUCAAUGUUGAUAUGAACUAAAAUAAACAAACUCAUUUUUGCUGACACACCGAAAUUAACACUGUUGAAAAAGCCGUGCACAUUGCUAGAAGUGAUGUCUUUUGAUUAAUUGAAAAAAGAAGAACAUGUAUGUCCUUAGCUUCAAUCAUGUCACCAUAUCACAGUAUGUUUCAACAUAAUUUCCUGAGGAGAGUAGACCCCUAUCCUACAUUUAAAACAAAACAAAAAAUGAGGGGGGAAAAAAUUGGUAUCAACAAACUAAAAAUCAUAAUCUUUUGAAUAUGUAAGUGUAGCCGGAAGUGAACCCAGGUAACUUCCAUAUCCUUUAUACUGUGGAAGACAUUGCCAAUCUUACUGCUAACCCAAUCCUAGCCUUACUAGUAUCAAGGCCUGCAAUUUAGUACUUAGACUUAGUUAGGUAUCAUGUUUUAGUCUCUUACUCUUAGCUAAGUAUUACUUAGGUCUGCUUUAGGCUUUGACUUAUAGAGAUGUAGAAACCAUAGACAUACUGAACUCAAGUUUGGUAUUUUGACUCAAAUUUCAAUAUACCACUGAUGCAGUUUGAAGCUUAAUAGCUUUUGAACAAAGAAUGGUUACUGUUUUUUAGUGUUAAAUAAUUCUAUUAACAGCUUUGCAUUUUGAUUAGAUAAUAGAGAAUAAACCAGGCAUUAUGAAUGUCUGACAUGAGCAGUUUCAUGGACAAUAUGUUGCAAAUCACAUGUGUUAUAUGAGCUAGUAAUUCUUUUAACACACCUCCCGCUUCUUCAAAAUUCUGCAUCUUUAUCAAACCAUAAAGGUUCAGCUAAACUAUGGGUUUCUAUCAUAUUAAUGUUAUUGUUUGAUAAAAAUUUUCAGCUAAACCAAUGAAAUCAAAUGUAAUGCUGAUACAAUGUUGUUUUUUUAAAUUAUCAAAUAGCUACCGUUUAAUUUUAAUGUGAAGAAAGGACCAUUUCCUUUUUUUUUCCCCUUUUUUUUUUAUGUUCUCCCUUAUGUAUAAUUUUGUAGCAACCCAAAGUAAAUGAACUUAUCUAUUACCUUAACUUCUAUUUCCUUUAUUUCAUUUGCUUUUGUAUUUUAUGUAUUUCAUUUGGAAUAAAUAUGGACUCAGUAAUUAUAAAUGAUUAAAACUAUAAAUUUGCAUGUUUUUUAAUAAUAUAUAUCAUGUCUCAUAUUUUCUUUCCAUUAAUCAUUAAUAAAUCUUUAUCUUUAAGCUCUAUGAUAAAAAUGGACUUGGAGAUCUUGGAAAUGAAUUUAAAGAUCUGGAUGUUUUCUCAAGAGUACUUAGGGUCAUGAAUAAAAGGUAAUACUGAUUUCCAACUUUUAGUUUUUAUCAGUCUAAUUUUAUAUGGAUACAAGUAAAUGUUUUGAUGAUGGUGGGGAUGAUGAACUGUUCUUGUUUUAUGUGCAGCUUUGGAUAGAUUUAAAGUAAUAUAAAACUAAAUGUGGUUUAUACAUUUGCACACAAAAAAGUGUCUGAAGUUGUUAACACAAAGAAAAUUGUUUUAUAAUUGUGUGAUCAGUUUUCUGUCAUUUGUAUUGUUUUUCUUAGUAAAUAAGUACCCUCCUCCAAUAGUCACAGAGUGACUUUCCUUUUACUGAACUACUGCACCUUUGUCCCUGCUGCAAAGUUUUAGCACAGCUGAUUCAAUUGAAAAUAACAUUAUCCUUUCUAAAAGCACAAAUUGUUCUUUAAAACCACUUUCUUUACAUGCUUCUGAUCUUUGUUUUUUUAGGGGCAUUUUUACAUAUAGUUAAGAUAUAAGUACUAAGUAAAUUUAAUUUAUAAUUAUAAUGUUGUUUUUUAAUACUGAUAAAGGUAUUUGCUGAAAGGUUUAAAUUUGUAUUUUUGUCUAAUCAUAAUUAAGGCUUAACAUAAAUUGUUUUUUUACAUAAAAUAUCUGCGUCUUAUUAAUCUCUCUAAUACCAAUAUUGUUUUUUGUUAACUUUUCAGUCUCUUUAUUUUUUAAAGUAAAUGUUAGAAACACAUGAAAAAUUCUAUUAGGGUCUAAAACAACAUAUUCUGUUACGCAGAAAUUCAGAUUUUAAAAUAAGUCUUCUAAAUUUGUUCAAAUUCUCAAGCACCAAUCAUGACACCUGAAUAGUUGCUCAAAUUAGUUUUAAUGCCAUUUUGGAAUUAUAAUUUUACAAGGAUUCUACUUCAUCGAUGUUUUCAAGCCAUAAUGGACAACGAGGAGAACUUGGCAUGCAUUUUGUCAGUUGAAUUUUGCAAGCGCAUCACACCAGAUGUCUUAGAGAACGAAAAUGUCAAGGGCAGAAUUAUGCAGUUAGGAUUUUCAUUAGGUAAAGUGCAGAUAUGAAUGUUUUUUUAAUUACAAUAUCUGACACAAAUAAAAUCAUUAAAGAUUUUAAUACUGUGUCACAAAGUUCAGCACUCCCUUUGUUUAAUUUUAACCAUCUGUUAAAUUGAUGUGCAUUCUUGCAGAGUUAUUGAUAUAUUUGUAUCUUAAUUAAAACACUUUGAUUACCGAAAGAUGAUUCAUAAUUCUAUUGCAUUGAUUUUAUGUUGAGUUUAAUUCAACUGAAAUUUGUUAAAAUGUUUAUUGAGACUUAAGUUUAUUAUUAGGUGUAAACUAAAUUUCUUUAGUGAGUCCAAUAUUUUGUCGUAAAAUUAUAAAUGCCUUCUUUUAAGUUUAAAAUGGCCUGUAUUUAACUUAAUGCUCCUUAACAAGCAUGUUGCAUAUUUGUUUCCCUAGGUGCAUUUCUCUGUGAGGCUGGCUGGUUUGCUGACAGUACAGUUAUAUACACUGCUUGUCUUGAUGCUUGCAUAAAUGAUGAGAGCACACCAAAUAAAUAUAGGGCUAUGGAAUUUGCAGUAAGGUUAGUUCAGCUCCAGGUAUAAAUGUUUUUAAAAUGAUCUAGAGAGCCAUAAAGAGAUAUCCAUUAGCCAUUUUGUUGCUAAAAUCCCUGAUGAAUAAGUUAAAUCUUUUCCAUAAGCCUAAAAAUUAAUGGAUUAAAUGUGAAGCAAACUGAGAAAUUGAAGUAGGCUUAGCCAGUUAAAAAAGGCAUCAGUUGUUUUGUUUCAGAUUACUUCAUAGUCAGAAUGUCAAUUGUCAAUACAAGGAUGCGGAAGAGACAUAUAAUAAAGCCUUAAAGAUUUGCACUGAGCUUGAGGGACGUGGUCAUAAAGUAAACAAGGCUGUGCUGUAUGCAGAACACUGUGCUCUUUUAUUUGCACAGAGCAGAUAUACACAGGUAAGAUUUUAUUACUGUUAAGAGGACCAAACAAUAUUUUUUGUACUGGUAUAUAUGCUCCUCAUCUAUAUAGAGAUCAAAUGAAAGGAAAUUUUAAGGAUAAAAGUUGCAGAAGUGGAAGAAAUUUUUAAAGUUUUAUUUAGACAAGACUAUAUUUUUAGAAAAAGGUAAAUUCCACUCAAAAUUUGAUUGUAAAAUUUGAAAAUUUAGUACAAGUGAACAAAAAAAGCAUGCACAACUAUCAUAAUUGAAAUUAAGACAAUUUUCAUUGAUAUGACUUUUCAAAUAACAUUUGACCUGGGUUUUCUGUCACAGGCCUUCAACACUUGUCAUCUAGCAAUCUUGGAGCUCAACUCAAAUAUGCCACCAAUGGCUGUGGUUAAUGUCAUGAGGUUAUGCUCUAAGGUAAACACUUAGGGAUUCACAUGCUAAGAAGCAUUUAAAAAGAUCAAAGUCGAAGCCUCUGUCAAACUCAGUUCUUUCCUUGACCUUUGAACCAUUAUAAAGUGGAUUUUUUUUAUUAUUUUUUUUUUUUAAUUUUUUUUUUUUGGUUUCAGUUUUCAACAUUUUUUAGACUAACAAAACUUCUAACAUCAAUUAAUUCUCAGUCCAGAUGUUUGUGGGAGUGGUUUAACUUUUAUUGGGAUUAUAAUGAUUUUAUGCAUCUGUCAUGUGUGCAUUUUUUUAAAAAGUCCUAGUGUUCUGUAUUUCAAUUUUUUUUUAGGCCUGUGUAGUGAAAAGAGAAUUCAAGACUGCUGAGCUGUUGAUCAAAUAUGCUGUUGCAUUUGCAAGGUACACAAUCAACAAUAUCUUUAAAAUCUGUUAAGGAGAACAUAUUUUAUCUUAAGUGGGGGAAAAAAAACAGCUAUUUUAAACCUUUUCAUAAACUUUUAAUUACACUUGAAAAGAGUAUUGUUUAAUUGUCUUUCCUUGACAUCUUGACUACAAAAUUUAUUAUCAGUUAUACUUAUCCUAAAAAAAGCUGAAGGCAUGUUCACAUUUUCAUCUACAACAUCCAUGGGUCUUCUACAUAUUCCCAUUUGUGGUUAAAAUUUCAACCAGGUGUAUGAAUAAAGAUGGUCGCCUGAAUAUCCCACAUUCAUGAUAAUAAGGGCCAUAAAUUUAACCACUAUCAAAAUUUUUACAUGGACAGUACAGUGGCUGGCUAGCUAAGCCAGUGGGUCAUCAAGUUGAUAGGGCCAAAGACAUUGGCCUCAUCCCAGUUUGAGCAAUUCUUUUACAAUUACAUUUUUUUCUUGUUAUUCAACUUUUGAUUUCAGUGUUUUUAAAGUCACUUUUAGCAUGAUCUUUUUCUUUUUAAUCUUUUUUUUUUUAUUUUUUAAAAAUUACAUCCCUGCUGCAUAAGUAACCUUUAAACUGACUUUUUUUUUUUUAUCAUGGAGGCAAUGUUGCCUCAUCUCUGCUCUUGUCUUCAUCAGGGAAAAGUUUGGCAAGUAUCAUCCUAAACAUGCUGACACUCUGUUGGAUUAUGGCUUUUUCUUGCUCAACUCAGACUGCGUUAUACCAGCUGUGCAAGUCUAUCAGGUUAAUGUUAACAUUUGUUCAAACAUUUCUUUUGGUGCUACUGACAAUUAGAGUUUUAACCCUUUUCUCAUGGGGGGGGGGGGGGGGGGGGCUAUUCGAAAUUCAAAUGACUUGAUGUGAUUAAGAUAAGAUCUCAAUUUGCCAGUAACUUAUUUGGGAACUAUAAGUGGAGUCUUCUGCUUCGCUAAUAUAAAAUGACUGAUCCUUAAUUAUUUAUUUUUCAAUUCUCUUUCCCAGUCCAGUUAGAAGUUGAAUGCUACAACGUUAAAGUGAAUAUCAUUUUAAUGCUUACAUCAGCGUUUCCCAAUCUUUUAAAAGUUUGGACAUUGCUUAAGGGACAGGCUGGAGAUUUAUAAAUUGUAUUUUCUUUUUUAUUCGACCAUAAAAUUUAAGUCGUACGGACCGGCAACGUUGGCCUUGCUGUACGGUGCCGGGCUUGCAGACCACCAUUGGGGAACGCUUGUGUAUAGUAUACACAAGAAAUAAUAACUGUAAUGUUUUUCAAAUCCUUAAAUCAUUUCUAUUCAAUGGAUAUGUUAGAAUGAUCAUAGCAGCUCCUGUGAUGUAAAGCUGCUUAUGCCUUUUAUUUUUUACAAUAUUUUUAAGCUUGCCCUUGAUAUACGGCAAUCUGUGUUUGGUGGAAACAAUUUGUAUGUGGCUAUAGCAUGUGAAGACCUGGCGUACGCCUCAUAUGUCAAUGAGUACAGCUCUGGGAAAUUCCAGCAUGCAAAGUAAGCAGGCGAGCUUUAAAUUUCUUUUCAACUUUAUUAGUUUGGCUGACUUGUCACUUCUAGAUUGAAACGAAGAACUAAAUUUUAAAUGAUUCUUAGAAAAUAGGAUUCAUUACUUACAUUACAUGAAACCAUUGUCUCUAAAAAUGAGCUACACAUUACCAUUCUUUACUACAGCCAUUUUACAGCCAAGUUCUGAAUAAAUAUGACUAAAUAUGAGGAUCACUGACUCCUUUUUUUCUUUUUUUUCCUGCAGAGACCACGCUGAGAAAUCAAUGGGUAUUUUAUGUAAAAUUCUGCCUGAAGAUCACCUCUUGUUAUCAUCAUCCAAAAGAGUUAAAGGUUUGUUUCAGUUACAACAUCAAUAUUUACUCAAAAACCUGAAAAGAACAAUAUUUAUUAGUAACUAGCACAUCACUGAGCCCGGGUAAAAUUUCCAUUCAAAAGAUUGUGCUUGUGAUGCUAUUGUGGUUCUAGACAUUAAGCUGUAAUAAUUUUCUUUCUUUUUUCAAUAGGAUGUAAUAAACCGCAUGUUAUCCUAAAUUUAAAUGAAUAAGUAUAUUCUUUGCUUAAGUAAUAUGCACAUGUUACCCAAUUUACAAGAAAGACAUAAUUUACUCAUAAUGAGAAUUUCCAUAAUAAUGUCUAUGUUCUAGAACGGUUUUGUACAAUUCUCUAAAGUUAAACAUCAUUCAGCCUAACAAAUAUUUAUGCCAUGCAAAAUAUGUAUUCUAGCUAUUUAUGACCUUUGAGAACACUUACGGCUCUGAAUCAAUAACAAAGGUUCGAGUUAAAAAGAUGAAAUUGUAUGUCAUAAAUGCUCUAGUCUUGGCUCUUGGCCAAUGCCAAUAUCAUCUUAAGCAGGUGUCUACUGCUUGCAGGAAUUAAUAGGUUAUUAUAGAAACAAAAAAAUUUAGAGUUAUUUUUAGUAACUUGAACCAGCCAUUUAUUUAAAUGAGAUUCUUAUGCUCAAAAGCAUUGUCAACAAUUUUUAGACAUCUGUACACUGUCAAACCCUUGGUGUAGAAUGAUGCAGGGUUGUUUUUGUGAAAGAGGGCGAUCAUAUUAAUUUAUUUUUUUUAAUCUCAUGUGAAUUCUCAAGGUUUGAAAGGGAAAGGACAGAAAAAAAUAUGUGGGGUCAAGAGAAUACUUGUGUUUUGGAUUUGAGUUAAUUUUAUAGUGGUUUUUUUUUGUUUUUUUUUUUAACAAUAUCUGAAACUUGUGUUAUGGUGUGUACUGUUAUCCUUACAAGAUGGGAGAUUUUGUAGUAAACUAAGUUAAUAGUAACCAUGGCUUUAAGUUCCUCUUGUAAGAAGUGAUUUAGAAAUCAGUGGGUUCCACUUUAUGUAUGCAGCAAGUAUCUUAGGGAUAUAUUGAACCCAUUGGUGAUAACUGAGCUACAUGUCAGCUUUGCAGAGAACUGUGCAUGGUAGGAAAGCCUAGACAGGGAAAUGAAAUUCUUUUCUAUGUCAUGAAAAGUUAACCCAUCUUACUUAGAACAAUGAUGCUCAUUGCACAGCCAAAGUUAACCCAUAUUACUUAGAACAAUGAUGCUCAUUCCACAGCCAAAAGUUAACCCAUCUUACUUAGAACAAUGAUGCUCAUUCCACAGCCAAAAGUUAACCCAUCUUACUUAGAACAAUGAUGCUUAUUCCACAGCCUUAAUUCUUGAAGAGAUUGGCAUAGACUGUACUGAUAAAGUGGAAGAGAAACGGUAUUUGGAGGAGGCCCUGAGUCUCCACCUGUCAUCAUUAGAACAGGCUCGGUCUGCAUUUGGAGAGGAAAAUGUACAGACUGCCAAGCAUUAUGGGAACCUUGGUCGCCUUUUUCAGUCAAUGAAGCGAUAUGAUGUAUGUAAUAAUGGUUGUCUUUUCCCAUGUAAAAUAAGGAUUUUAAAAAAACGAUUUGGACUUAUUUUUUAAAAAAAACCAAGAUCAAUAUUUAUGACGAUGUUUGUUAACAACUGAGAUUCUCAGAGCCAUGCCUUGAUUUCAGACAUGGGGGAUGGGGGGGGGGGUGUAAUGAGUUGUAGUUUGGGAGAAACUGUUCAAUAUAAAACAAGGCAGGAGGGAUUUAUUUAUUUUUUAAAUUUUCUUAAAUGAAAUUGAAAUUUUCAUCUCUUAAAAUAAAAAUAAAGCUAGAAAUAAAUUUUUUAAUGCUUGGAAAAUUAUUCUUUUUAGUUUCGCUGAGUUAAUGCAGAUCAACAAAAUUCAUAAUCUCCCUAAGUAAAGUGCCUGAUAUUUUUUCCAAAGGAUGCAGAGAGAAUGCACAAGCAGGCCAUUGAGAUCAAGGAAAGGUUACUAGGGCCUGAUGACUAUGAAGUCGCUCUCUCUGUGGGUCACCUGGCUUCACUGUUCAACUAUGACAUGUUUAAGUACGAUGAGGCUGAGAAGUUGUACUUGAGAUCUGUCAAAAUAGGUGGGCACUCAUGUCUUGGGAUUCUUUUAAGUUCUGUUCAAAAUCUUUAAAGCAUGUGCUCUGGAAUGAAGAAUGCUACAACUAAACAUCAUUCAAUUAUUGAAGAAGUAAUAACAAGCAGUUUUAUAUUUUUCUUCUGUAAGAUAUGUAGAUAACUUGAAAAAAGGUAUAUUGCUGGCAAUGUUUUUAAAGCCAUGACAAGUUACCAUACUUUAUAAUUUAUCUCAAAUUGUAUUAUUACAAUUCCGCAGUGGAAUCCCCCUAAAGAAAUUUAUGCUCUCCGGGUUCUUGCAGGAAGACAAUUAUUUGGUGAAGGUUACAGUGGCCUAGAGUAUGAUUAUAGAGGUCUAGUGAGGCUUUACACACAGAGAGGGGACUUUGCCCAAGCCGCACACUACAAUGAUAUCAUCAACCAGUGGUCAGUUAUCAGGGACACCCACAAUGCUAGAGAGGUGAGUGGGCAAUGGAAGGUGCGUACUAACUUUCUCUUUCUUUUUUAAAAAUCUUUUUAGUUGGGAAGAAAUUUUUUAGAAUUACUUAACAUUCACGUGCAUACAUAUGGCAUUUUAGAGUUUUAGUCUUAUAACUCUGUUACUGCAUAUUUGUAGAAAUUAGCUUAAAUUUUUUUUGUGUAACUGUUACAGUAAUUACAGUUCAAAAAACUGUACAAGUAAAUCAACGCUACUACCUGCUGGCAUACUUAAUUUAUAAUCGGAUCAUCUCAAAAAAGUCUGUUGUAUUAGUGCAUUUUUAAGACUAUCAAAAAGAAAAUAUAACGUUGAUAUUUAGCAUUGCCACAUAAUAUUCCUUAUUGAGUUAUCUGGUAUGCUAGGGACCUUCAUGGUUAUAAUUAUGCACUCAAUUUUAUUUUGCUACAUUUUUCUUCAUAUUUUCAAAUCUUUUAAACCAGUGGUUCCCAACCUUUUUGACUUGCUGAGCCCUUUGUAGAAUUAAUACCUAUUAGUCUACUCAAUGUCUUACAAGUUAAUAGUGUUUAAGAUUUUCCCGGAGCAGCCCCAGAGUCUAUGAGAAGUGAAUACUGAGCCCUAUAGCAAAGCUUGGGAAGCACUGAUCAAGGAAUUGGUGCAAAACCCUUGUUGCAAGUAGACUUUAUUAAUUUACAUUGGGUUUUCUUAGUAACAUAGUUCUUAAGUGGGACUUACCAUUAAACCUCUGAAAACAAAGAUUUUCAUAUAAAUCGUUUAUACAAUUUAAUGUCGAGUAAUUGGGGAAGGGUGGGGUGGAGAUGAAAAUUUGACGAAACAAGCAUUCAAAUAACGCAGUUAAUAAGAAUUCCAAUUCGUGCUUCCUCUCAACAAGGCUCGCCACCGCACAUUUUUUUUCACGCCCCUGAACUACAUUAAUAUUCUAAUGUCCCACCCGCUUUUACACCACAGAUUUAAACCAUUUCAGAAAAAAACUAAAGAAAAUAUUUCGCACCAAACGCACCAUAUUCUUUUUUUUUUUUAAGAAUCUCAUUUAGCACAGUUAUCUGGAAUUUUAUGUCAUGAAAUCAGUGGCAUCAUAUUUCUUUCAUCUUCCCUUUGAAAAACAUGAAAAACCUUUUUUUGGGGUUAUGGGGUGGGCUGAACAUUUGAUAGAAUGUGUUGUCAUCAGCAAUGAGUCUAUUUGCCAAGUUUCAGCUCAAUAGGCUGAUGGGAAGUGGGUCAAUUUGCCAGCCAGCCAUGAACAAAAGGGAAGUUAGUAUGAAGGAUUUAAAAAGGUUGUGCACCACUGAUCAAAUUUAAUAUCAAGCACCACAUACCUCAUUUAAUUUUUUUUUUAAAGCAUUUAAAAUAUUUUGUUUUAAAAGCCAUCUUUCUUUAUUUUUCUGACUCAAAGAUCAACCCCCUGGAGUACGAGGUCACCAUGACAAUACCUGAGCUGGUGGAGCUAGUCUUAAAAAAUCAUUCAGUCACCAAUUCAUCAAAGGGUGCCGACCAUAAAGGGGAUGCCAAAGAAAAUGCGGAACGUAGUACAGGAGAAUGAACCACUAUGUGAUUUCCCAGUAAUCUCGGGACAUUAAUUCUGACCCGCCGGCCCAGCUUAUCGAGCGCCUGAGGCAGUGCAGUCAUGGGAUUAAGGGUAAUAUUUAUUAUGGUAUGACUGCAAGAAGGAUGACCAACUGGUUUGGACAAGAUUGACCAGGUUGGCAACAGCUGAUGGUGAAAAUGGUGACAUGUUGCUUCUUCUGUAUGAAUCCAGGCUGUGAUCAUCCAUUUUUUUUUAUCGUGACAGCCUGCACCCAGUCAAAUAAGCAAACAACUUUCAAUUUUAUCUUAGGAUUGAACAUAAAAUUUUUGGAUUGACGAGAAAAAGUUUGUUUGAACAUUGUAUUCUAAUUGAGGAUAUAAAGGUAUUCCCCCCUUUUCCCUUUUCUUAAAAUGUGUUUUUCGUCCUGUAAAACCAAAUAAUUUUACAGCAUAAGCAGAAAUGAAACCAUAGUUUUGGGCAAUGUGUCCUAGUUUGUGCUGUAACAUGGAACCCCAUUGGUGAGCUGUUGGCCCACCAGAUGUUUUUUUUUUAAUCGCACCCUG